ACGGCCGCCGCGGCAUUACUUCGCUCCAGGCAUGGAGGGCGACAGGAUGGCGAAUCCCUAUAGCAAAGUGUCGAGGGUGGUGCAGGGACCCAAGCCGUUUUCCUACGCCAUAAGGGCCAAAUUUCCCAAACCGAAUGACGCCAUGAAGCAAAUCCUCCUCUGGAGGGAGCAAGAGAAACUGCGCCAUGCGGCCGCGAUGUACGCAAAGUCCCAUCUCCUCGGCCGCCAGAUCAUCGAAAGGGAGGAUCGGAAUGAGCGGAAACAGUUCCACCGGAUUGUGCAGAAGAGGGUUGAUGUUGAAAUGCAGGGCUACCUGGCAGGACAAGAGGAGAGGAAAGAAAGGCUUCGGGAUCUCCUGGAAGCCGAGGAAAAGUGUUACCUAGCUGCAAUAGAAUCGCUGGGAGAAAGUAUGGAGGACAGGCGAGUGAACAUGAGAACAAAAGCAAAAACGCUGAGAGAUAAGAGGGAAGAAGCUCGGCGGAAGCUUGUGGCGGAAAAACGGGAUCAACAGUUCAGAGCAACUUGUGAGGAUGCACGGACACUGUGGAGCAAGAAGCAUCUGAUGGAGAUAUGUGAGCACCGGCUGGCCCAGCUGGCCCUGAAGGAGGAACUCAAGAAACAAGAAGCAAGGGAGGAGGCGACCUUCGCAGCUCUUUGGGAAGAGGACAGGUUGGCCAAGGAGAAGCGGGCAGCGGAGGAAGAGCGGAAGAGAGCAAGGUGGACUGAGGGCCAGAAAAACCUCCUUAACGCUCAGCAAACUGUGGUGGCCGCUCAGCGGGAGGAGGCGAGGCGGCUGAAGGAAGAAGAGGCAAAGCUGAUGGAAGAAGAACGUCAGCUGAUGAAACUGGAGAACGAGCGGGCCGAGAUCGAGCGGAAGCGGAAGCUAAGGGAGUGCAGAGACAUGCUGCUGGAUUCCAUGGAGGAGAAGAAGAGGCGUCUCCACGAAGAGCAGCAAGAGGAGCUGGCUUUAGACAUGAAGAUCCUGGAUCACAUCAUGAAAGAAUCCGAGGGGGAGACAGAGAACCAAAAGAGGAGGAAAAAAGAGCUCUUGAAAGAGCAGCAGAUGUUUAAGGCCUACCUGGCUCAGCAGAGGGAGGAUGAGCAGCGCCAGGAAAAAGAGCUGGACAAGCUGCGGGCGGAAGAGACAGCCCGGUUUUGGGCAAAGAGAGCCGCGAGGGAGAGGGCCAUGAAGGAGGCCAGGGGCCGCUUGCUCACAGAAGUAAUGGAUACGAGGAGACUUCAGCUGGAGGAGAAACUGCAGAGAAAUGCCCAAGAACAAGAGGCCCUGAAUAGGGACAGGGAAUUGUUAAACGAAGCCAUUCUAGAAUUCAACCGUCUAGAAGAGGAGAAAUAUGCAAGGCGCAUACAGCAAGCAAAGGUGUAUCAGGGAGAACUCAAUGCUCAGAUGGAUUACAAAAAACAAGCCCGUGAUCUUGAGAAGGAAGAAGAACGCCGUCAAUAUGCUUUGUCCCUGGAAGCGGAAAGGCUUUACCAGCAGAAGAUAGCGGACAUCAUCGCAAGACCUUACAUGAAGUUGUCAGAUCUCCAUCCUUUGCAGAGGUACCUUGCCAGCAGUUCUUAAUCUUUAAACUCCAACCAAUUUCCUUUAUACAGAUCUAUAUUUAUAAUUCACUGCAUUUAAAAAGCACCUUCUACUUGUGUACACUGACUGAGGGGGAAGAAGACUCUAGAAUACCACGUUUCCUAGCUUCUUUUCUUGGUCAAGCAAAACCUCCUUUUAAAAAUAAAAUGCUGUCGGAAGUUUUAUGUUUUAAAUAAAGAACGUUGCAUGGUGAAAUUGACUGACUUCAAAACCUUUUCUUUAAAAACACUUUUAGUUGUACAAUUCAAAAUGAAUGCCUAUAUGCUGUACUUUUGCAAGUUAUUUGUAAUAAAAAAGCAUUUUCAUUCCCUCUUUUUUUAAAAGAAAGAGAGAAAAGGUUGUCUAUAAUUCAGCAUAUUUUCAGUUGACAUUCCUCGCUCCCACCUAAGAACUGGUGUACCCCCUCUGUCUCACUGUGGUCAAGCAACCUGCAGUCCUGUGUACCAUGUUUCUCCGAAAAUAAGACACUGUCUUAUAUUAAUUUUUCCUAAAAAAACACACACACUAUGGCUUAUUUUCAGGAGAUGUCUUAUUUUUUAAUUAAGUAUGGUACAGUUUAACCUACAAAGUUAAACUGCCUAUCACUAUGGCUUAUUUUCGGGGUAUGGCUUAUAUUCCUUGAAUGCUAAAAAUCCUGCUAUGGCUUAUUUUAUGGCUACGUCUUAUUUUCGGAGAAACAGGGUACAUAUUGCCAGCACGUUCCUUUGCAGAGCUGAGACUUGCUAUACUUACAGCUAGAUCAACAGAAACUAAGCAAAUGAGGCUUUAAGAGAUGUUCUGGACAAAACCUGGCGUAUUCAGUUUCUGUGUGUCCAGCUGCCAUUAAAGUUUGCAGAAGCAGGAGCAAUCAAAACAAAAGUGGCAAUGUUUAUCUGGACACAGCUGCCUGGCCAGUUACCCCAAAUCUCUAGCAACCUCUGAGGAAGAAACCAUAGGCAAGUAAACAGGGCUAUGCAGAUGUGUUCUCCCCACAGAUUGGGGAAGCUGCCUUAUACUGAGUCUUGUGGGUGACAAGGUAGACUUGAUACCUACCAGCUGCAUGCUCGUUUUGUUGACAAUAAUACUCCUGCCCCUUCCACUUUAAACAUGGACAGUAACCAUGGCUGCCUCUCGGCCCCAUCAUUCGUUUUGUCUUUGGAUCACAACUAUAGGACAAGUGCUGAAUCGCACACCACGAGGGGUUCAGUGUAUUCAAUCAGAAAUCUGCUUUACAAGUCAGCUUGUUGUCACAGUAUUACUGAGCAAGCUCUUGAACACAUUGAUCCUGACUUUCCAAGUAUUUAUGGAAAGCUUCCGGCAUUUGUACCUAGCAACAGAGUGACUCAUUUUGUGCUGCAUCUUCACCCCAAUACUGGAAGAUUCCCACCUCCUGAAUCCUGUUGAUUCUCCCUCAUUCAUCUUCCUGCACAAAGCUGAGUGAGUUCCAUCCAUGUUUAGCUGGUUUUGAGUCAGAGGUUACUUAUGCUUCAAAACCGUAGGCAGCAGUGAUUAAUCAGUUUCCCAAUAGCACAGUGUAUUGGCAAGCAUUUCCUAUUUUAAUGACUCUGUGUGUGUGCAAGAUCCCUUUACAGCUUCACAAUACACAGGAGUCCUGCAAACAGGACUGAGAUGAUUUACAGUUUAAUAAGCAAAAUGUCUAGACUUUAUAGUUAGAAGAAAAUGCAUUUUUCUGUUUUGUUCCUUAUCAAGGUAACAUAAUAGGUAGCAUGUUCUUGUCUCAGGCAGACGUCUGUCCCAUUACCUGCAAAGUAGGGCCCCUUUGAAUUGAGAUUUUGGGAACUCACCUAUGGUCCUUCUCAAUUUAAGACCUAGACUCUACUACAGAGCUAUAGCCCUUCCUCAAUUUAUUUUAUACACACAACACACUUUUAGCUAAAUGCUGCCUCUUUAGUUAUGUGCUUUUAACUACUGCUAUUUUAAUUGUUUUGUCAAAAGGGUUAAGAAUAAAAAAGGAGCUGCCUUGACUACAGUUUCUAUAUAAAGGGGGGUAUUAGUCAUGAUAAAACAUGCAUAAAUAAAUAUUACAGGCUGUUGUCUUCCCUUGGCAGCAGAACAAGCUGCCUGGGAAUUCCUGGAACAAGCCAGGCAAUGGCUUUAGUUAGCAGUCAAGCUGGAGACUCUAGGUGUGGUCAAGUAAAGGUGAGCAUUCAUCCACAUAUGUACUGUUUUAUUUAUACCCCCACACCCUGCCGCCACUGGCUUAUGGAUCUUAGGGUUGGCAGGCCCAGGAAGAAAUCAGAUAAAUAUGAUAGUUCUCCUGGGUGGAGUUUGGAAAGAUCUAGCAGCUCAGAAACUGAGCCCGUGCAAAAUCUUGCAGCGGGUCAGGGGUAAAGCCAGAAGGAAACUAGUUAUGAUGCAGUCGCUGUUCUUGUAAGUAAGUUUUGCGUGUGCCAUGCAGAAGACUAUGAGAAUGAGGCCUCCCCGCUCCAAUUCAGAACACCUGGCUGCACAGCAGGCAGGAAUUCAACAGGUGCAGCUUUCAAGUUUGCUGCAUCUUCAGUUGUGGUAUAUCAGCCUGUCGCAAGAUUUGUCCCGAAACCCACAAUGAUUGCUCUCAUGCUCUCUCUUCCCCUGCCCCACCCCCAAACACAGAGCAAAUUUGGAUGAAUUAUCCCUUAAUUAGUCAGUUUCUGCUCAUUGCAAACUGAGGGGUUAAUUGCUUUUAUCUCUGAAUGGUAGUAAGGCAAGAACUCAGGCUGUUGUAAUAAUGUAUCUGUUGAUGGAUCAAAUGAUACA